AUUUACCGGUACGGAGGGUUAGGACUUCAUCACCUUUUUGGGGAGACACAGCUCAACCCGUAACAAUCUGCCCUCUGAUUCCCAAAGUUGAUUUCCUUCGCUUGUGCAAAAUACAUUUUCACCCCAUGUCAACAUUUCCAAAAGUUUUAACACUUUCCACAUCAACUCUUCUCACCAUCUACAUCAUUUAAGUUACAUAGGAGGCCUACUGUGAUUCAUCCUGUGGCAAAAUUUCUCUCCAUGUGUGAUCCUGUGAAACCAGACAAGUUAAUUCGCUUUUAAAAGACAGUGGGGGCCAGGGGCAGGCAUAGGACAGACAGUCCAUUCCAAAAGAGAGAAAGGGGAAGGAAGAAAGGGACCAUGGGUCCCACGCAAGUCUGAAACCCUGCAGGGAAAAUCCCAUUAGACUGCCUUCACUAUUUCCCAUCUAAAAUUUUUAAAUGAGCUAUGCAAGAGUAAAAACAAGUUAUCCGACAGAGAAACCAGAGUUAGAAGUGCAGGAUGAAUUUACCAAGAGGGUAGGUUAAAAGGGAAACUUCUCCUUCAGGCCUAUGGUGGGCAUUUCUUGUUUACUCAAGUACCUACCUACCAUCUCUCAAAAAAUAAUGUCCACUGGAAUUCGAUUAUGUCAUGAUAUUGCCUGCCCCCGCGCCCCCAGUCAGGGCAGGAUGGAAGCGCAACCCUAGCCUUUCUUUACUCUAGAGACAGGAGGCGCUAUGCCGCGAUGGUGGCCGAGAAAGCAUGGGAGCGACGCUCUUGCUCUCUGGACGUCGACGUGCCCAAGUCGAGGCCGCGCCCAGACCCGGAAGCAGGGCCGUCACGUGGGGCAGCGUGGGCCGCUGUCUUGGAAACGCAGAACGCGCGCUCCAGGGUCUUUUUGGAGUUCCUGAGCUGAGUGCCCCGGAAGGAGUUCAUGCUGCACAAGAAAAAGCCUUGAGAAAGGCAGAAUUGCUUGUGGGCCGUGCGUGUUCCACCCCACCUGGGCCCCAGACCGUGCUGAUCUUUGAUGAGCUCUCGGAUUCCUUGUGCAGAGUGGCCGACUUGGCUGAUUUUGUGAAAAUCGCUCACCCUGAGCCAGCAUUCAGAGAAGCUGCGGAAGAAGCUUGUAGAAGUAUUGGCACCACGGUGGAGAAAUCUCAAGCUACAAUAUUGAUCCAUGAAGACACGGCCAGAAAAUCUCUGCUCUCAUCAGCACAUGUGGCUCCCAUUCUAAAGUGCUAUUGUUGUUUUCUCAAGGGAAAGAAAAAUAAAUCCUUCACACUGAGUCAAGAUGGAAAUGGGAGCUGGCCCAUCUGCCUUCUAGGUUCAUCUCCUCAGUUAAAAGUAACCAAGACAUCAGGGUGGGGCAACGUCCACAGUCAGUGGAGUGGCCUGAGCUCCACCAUUCACAGGGGACUAGCCAAGAGCCAUUCAGCUCGGGCACCUGAGAAAAAUAGGGUCCUGCCACCCAGCAAGACAACUGUUCUCUUUAUAAGUGCUUGGAAUUGUUUCCAGGAAACAUAACAAUCACCCCACCCGAGACCUCAUCCCCAAAAGGAGAAGCAAGGUGUGUGGAUUGUGCAGCAGAAAUUAAGCAGCUGCCUCACAGCAAGCUCCUACCCCUCCAGAAAGGGUUCUCUAGGCCCGGUCGUCCCUGGACUGGCUCCUGACUCAUGUGUCUCUCUGGCACUCUCUGCUUUUGCCUCAUUUGACACCUAGAAGACAGAGAAAGAAUUGACUUGAAGAAUUAAAACACCAAGUUCUUUACUAGAUGCUCAAAGCUUUAUCUCAAAACAAAAACAUCCUUUAAAAUGUCCAUCACAAUGACCUACCUGUGCUGCUUGUAGGCAGCCUGCCUCUCUGCCUUCCCCCUUUGCAAGGCUUGAGCACAGAGCUGUGGGGAGAAAAAUACAUCCAUGUCCUGACCUGGCAGACUAUGUCCAAAAGCAAGGAAAACAAACAAACUUACUGAGUUGGCAAGAGGCUUUCUUGCAGAAGGGGUGAUCUGAAAAAGCCAACACAUGAGAAAUUGAAUGUUGAGAGAGUCUAAGGGCCGUGGCAUCAUCUGCAUCAGCACUGAACUAUCGUGCAACUGCGGGGAGGAAGCUCCUUACUUUGCAUCUGUAGUAGUCCUCUGCCCGCCGCCGCAACUCUUGCGUGCGUUGAAACAGUUUCCUAUGGAUUACAAUCACUUUCAUCAGAUAAAGCACCACUUUCAGGAUGAUUUUAAAUAAUCUGCCAUUUUCUGUUAUCCUCACAACUGUACCCUUACACAAUCUAUCUAUACCUAGAAAACGUAUUUCAGAUGGCUAUAAGAGUACAGUCUGAGCCGGUCGCGGUGGCUGAUGCCUGUAAUCCCAGCACUCUGGGAGGCCGAGGCGGGUGGAUCACGAGGUCAGGAGAUUGAGAACAUCGUGGCUAAUACGGUGAAACCCCAUCUCUACUAAAAAUACAAAAAAUUAGCCGGGUGUGGUGGCAGGCACCUGUCAUCCCAGCUACUCGGGAGGCUGAGGCAGGGGAAUCACUUGAACCUGGGAGGCGGAGGUUACAGUGAGCCAAGAUCACGUCAUUGCACUCCAGGCUGGGUGACAGAGCGAGACUCCACCUCAGAAAAAAUAACAAAAACAAAAACAAAAACAGUACAGUCUGAUCCAAACUGUUGCUGUAUUGAUUCCUCCUCUUUUGCUUACUGCCUGCUGACUUCUGAGUUGACAAUUUCCUUCCCCAUUCUCAGUAUAUCCCUAAUUCAUCCUUCAUUGAGCAUCUUUUAUCAUAAAGCUCUAUUCUCUUUGUAUUAAUAUCCUUGCCAUGUUUCACAGGGCAGAAACAGCUGGGCUUAUAAACAGGCAUAGUCCUUUUGAAGGAUGUGGUUGAUCCUACAACAACACACUUUCCUAAGGAUGACAACAACUCACUCCACCCCUAGAAUGGCUGGUAACUGAGUUUCCACACAGUCUAGCUGGCAAUGGGGUCAGGAGACGUUUUGCUACUUCACAUCUUUUGGUCACUGGUAAAUCUUAAGGUACUUUGUUUUCUGUUUUGUCAACUCUCUCUCUCUGGAUAUGUCUUCUGACCAUUUGUUUCUAUUUCUGCAUUUACUGGGUCUAAACAUUGUACAAAGGUUAAAAACAACACUCCAAUGGGGGUUUCCCAAGAGGGGGGGUUUCCCAAGAGGGUGGGGUUCAGUUUCUGAACUCAAGGUAGGUAUGUAUUUCUUUCAUAUCCAAUUUCCCAUUCUCCUCUGCCUCUGAUAGCUGCCUCUCAUUUUCUGCUUGCUCACAUUCUUUCAUGUUUUGUUUCCUGAGAUUAGAAGGGAGGGAAAUGCACACACAAGAUCCACCAGCCCAUGUGGGAUUCCCUCUGCCCUUCUGGCAUCCGAAGGCUGUGAUUCAAAGAUCCCCCCUGCAACCUUCCCAUAAAUGAACCAACUGAUUCUCACAACCAAAGGGAGAAUUGACACCUCCCAUUGAGGGACAAAGAAAAAUCACACUCUGGCCUGCUGGCAAGUCACCUGUCAUUUCCAGCUCAUCUUCAUAGUUCUAUAGUUAGUCCUAUUCUUUAGUAAAUAAAGACUAUUAAAAGCUUCUAUGAGGUGCACUAUGUGUGUCUCUGGGGUCAGUCUUGUGCGUGACACAGCGAAAGCUCAUUUUAGUUCAGUGUGAAAAACCAGACCUCACCAACUCAUCACAACUAACUCCAUCAGAAGCAGAGGAUUGCUCCUCAUCUGACUCCUCCUGUGGGAGACCUGAUUCUCAGUCAGAGGCUGAUGCUGGAACUGAGACCAUCAGCCAUAGAGAGAUCCUUCCAGAAUAUGGUGUCAUUAACCCUGCAGUUCACUACUGCACUUUGCCAUGAUUCAGGACUGGAACUCUUGUCAUCGACUUUAAAGAUCCUGGUUGAGAGAAAAGGCAAUCUGAAUGCUGGGUGCAUCUAUUGAAUUAGAAAUGAUCGGAAUGGCUCCUAAGUCAGGGUGUUAUGUCCUGAAAAUAGAUGACAACUGCAAACCAUCCACCCUGGUGUUGACUGACUUUUAACAAGGUUCAGUUCACAGAGAGUGAGGGCAGAAAAAGGAAAUGGCCUAAAAAGUUAAGUUUGCUGUGUUGCCCUCACACCACUUGAUUCAUGGUCCUGAUCCUAAGGACCUCACCUGAUACUUGGUUUUAUAGGAAGGAUGUGUAAAAUUCCCAGAACGCUAGGAAGCAGGGACAAAAACACUUCAAAGAGAAAGUUAAUGAACUUGUUUCUGACCACAGGGCAUCCUUCAGCACAUGCUGUCUGGAGUGGCCUCAAACAAGGAGUGUGUGGUGAGGUGCUGAGAAUGCAAUGGGAGCAGGGUCCUGUCCCCACGCUAAAUGAGCUCACAGAUUAAUGCAAAUGAGAAGCCAGUGAGGACCUCACUACUCCUGCUGUGCACUUGGGAACUACAAACACAAAACCUGACUCUGGAGGGAAGCUAAGGAAGCAUUCUAAUCUUGAGUUGGCAUAAGUGCAUCUGAAACUUCCAAUCUCCGAUGAGAACAAUGGGGGACACCAAACAGAAUAUAAAACCCAUGAUUGAAUACAUCAAAUUGCUAACAUGGCAGUAAACAGACAUGAGGUCAAGAUGGAGAAGAAGGAAACCCAGGACGAAAGACAUCCUCGCAUUUGGAACCCAUUUCCCUGAGUUUCAUUGCUGAAUUCCAGAAGGGACUACUGAGAUGCAAAGAAGCAGAGCAGCUUUUGCACACAUGCAUGCGAUUAGAUGAAAAACAAGUGGAUUGAGGGUCUGCCAAUGAAAGCGACCCGUACUGAAGUCCACUGGCUCUGGUUGAGACCCAGAAGAGUCACACAUCAGAACAGAGGUGGAUAGGAAAUACCUGGCCUUUGUAGGGACUGAGCCUGCACUGACGACCUCAAUUGCAGCCUGUAUGGAGGACCCCUGACCAUCCCCCAGAAGUAGACUCCCAUCUCUUCUGCAGCAAGAUAACAUGCUACUAGGCCUCAAUUCAUUGCUAAAUAUUUUUUAACAAGUAUCUCACAUUUAACAAAAAAAAGAUCAGUCAUAUGGCAGGAAAA